AGGCCCAGAUGGAGAAGGCGAUUGGGGUGACGCGAGGGGCGGGGUUUGUGGAGGAAGAUGGCGGCCGCCCGUGGGUUAUCGCUAAUGGCCGUGGCGCUGAGGAUGGUCACUCCCUGGGCAAGGGGCAGUAGGCUCCUCGCGGCCUCUCGCGGACCUCAGGCUCGUCGGGAAGCGUCGUCCUCCAGCUCCGAGGCCGGAGAAGGACAGAUCCACCUGACCGACAGCUGCGUCCAGAGGCUUCUGGAAAUCACCGAAGGGUCAGAAUUCCUCAGGCUGGAGGUGGAGGGAGGCGGAUGCUCCGGAUUCCAAUACAAAUUUUCACUGGAUACAGUUAUCAAUCCCGACGACAGGGUAUUUGAACAGGGUGGGGCAAGAGUGGUGGUUGACUCUGAUAGCUUGGCCUUCGUGAAAGGGGCCCAGGUGGACUUCAGCCAAGAACUGAUCCGCAGCUCAUUUCAAGUAUUGAACAAUCCUCAAGCGCAGCAAGGCUGCUCCUGUGGCUCAUCCUUCUCUGUCAAACUUUGAUGCGACGGCAGGUGACCCAGAGAUUGCUUCCACUUGCACCAAUUUGAGGAGCCUGGCAGUAGUAGAAUUCUAGAGGUUUCCUUCCAGUCAUCCUUCUCUCAAUUGUUUUUUUCCCUUCAGUCUAGGAGUGUUGUGUUUGCCACUGUUAUUUUCAGAACGUGAAGCUUUUACUCUUGAUUUAAUUUCACUCACACAGUUCUGAGGCCAAGCAUCUAGAUGCGAUGAUCUAAGCUCUGCUAACUUGUUGAAACCCACCCUGUGUAAUCUGUAGAGCCUUCACAGUUCCAGAGUUUCGAGUUACUUCUCUGGCCUUCAGAGCUGCUUGUACAUAUGCGUAUAGCUAUGUAUAAAAGCUUUAUUUUGAAGGAAGUCCUUAUUGUGUUCUGGAUCAGGGUCACAGAUCGGGGACCUUAACUCUGGUUACCAGGCUAGAGAGGAUGAGAAAGGCAGUGUUCUCUUUUUUCAUCUCACCCUUCCUGAAUGUGUUACUAGACAUCCGUCUUUUUCUUUUCUUUUCUUUUCUUUUCUCUUCUUUUUUUUUUUUUUUUUUUUUUGGCAUCCUUAUUUUCUAUGCAGCUCAUUCUCCACUUUCCAUUUGUUAGGGUAAAUCCUUUUUUCUUUCUUACUCCUCAUUCUGCUAAAUUUACAAAACCAGUAGCUCACCCAGAAAACUUGGAUCGAACCCCCGCUGAUAACCUGAAUCAUUUGGAAAGUAGGCCCCAUACUCCAUACUCACAGAGACAUUUCAAGAUUCUGUGAUCAUUCAGUGACUGAUAUGUUGCUUCACUUACCUUAUUGUGUAAAAUGUCUUUUGUCUCGUGCAUAGCAGGACGUGGUUUUUGUGUUGGUAUGGAUAUGGAUAGUUAGGGAUUACCAGAUAAAAUGUAAGAUGCCCAGUUAAAUUUGAAUUUCAAAUAACACAUAAUUUUUAGUAUAAGUGUGCCCCAAAUAUUUCGUGAAACAUAUUUAUACUAAAAAUUAUGUGUUGUUUAUUUGAAAUUCAAAUUUAACUGGGCACUGUGGUUUUGUUUUUUUUUAAGUUUAUUUAUUUUGAGAGAGAGAGCGAGUGGGGGAGGGGGAGGGGCAGAGAGAGAGGAAGAGAGAAUUUCAAGUAGGCUCCACACACAUUGCGGAGCCCAGUGUGGGGCUCGAACUCACAAACUGUGAGAUCAUGACCUAAGCCAAAACCAAGAGUUGGAUGCUUAAUCGACUGAGCCACCCAGGCGUCAGGGACAUUGUGUAUUUCUGUUUGUUAAACCUGACAGCUUUUAGGGUCACUGAAAGAAAAGCUUUUUUUUUUUUUUUUUUUUUUUUUUUAAUUUUUAUUUAUUUAUUUUGAGAGAAAGAGUAUGAGUUGGGGAGGGGAGAGAGGGGGAGAGAGAGAAUCCCAAGCAGGCUCUGUGCUGACAGCUGCAUCUCAUGAACCAUGAGAUCAUGACCUGAGCUGAAAUGAAGAGUCUGGUGCUUAACCGAACGAAUGAGCCACCCAGGCACCCCAAGGAAAGCUUUUUAAGCCACAAAUUCCGAUGACUUUUAUUUAAAAAAAAAAAAAAAUUUUUUUUAAUGUUUAUUUAUUUUUGAGACAGAGAGAGACAGAGCAUGAACGGGGGAGGGUCACAGAGAGAAGGAGGCACAGAAUCUGAAACAGCCGAGCUGUCAGCACAGAGCCUGACGCGGGGCUCGAACCCACGGACCGUGAGAUCAUGACCUGAGCCGAAGUCGGAUGCUUAACCGACUGAGCCACCCAGGCGCCCCCCGAUGAAUUUUAAAGUACUUGUUUGGGUAUGGCACUUAAUCAGUCUACAGAUCUAGAAAUAGUUGUGGCAUGUGUGUGACAGGGCUGGGGGAGCUGGAACUGUAUGGACAGACAACUAAAAAAAGAAAUACCACUACCAUGACAAAUGAUUUAUUAAUGCUCAUGUCGGGAAAACCACAACCAAAUUGAUUAUGGAAGAAUUAUUGGUUAAACCCUUGUUUUCCUCAAGAGCCUUAAAGUUUGUUACGGCAAAACUUGCAUUUCUGGACUGGAUUGGAAUUAAGGUCAUUCAUUAAAAGAAUUUACCAUUAAAAAGGGAAAUGCAGAGUUUAGAGAAAGUAUCUGGGACAGAAGCUUAGGUACUUAUAUUUUCAAUGUGGGAAAACCUAGGAUUUGGAGAAAGCAAGCCUAUUGUGAGUACAAAGAGGAAACAAAGGGAGGCUCAGAUACCUGAGCUUUCUUGGCAGUUUUCCAUGGAAGGAGGCAGAGAGCAGCAUACCAUAGGGGCAUCUGUGUGGCUUUACUUAGAUACCUAAAGAUGCAUCAGUACCUGGGCCUGAUAAGAUCUUCAGCUCAGACUGAGUUUUUCCAUCCUCGUUAAAAAGAGAUUUUGCUACAUUUUAUGUAUUAGAACCUGUUUAAAGAGUGCACUUUAUUUUUGUUUAUUUUUUGAAGGAAGCCCUGUACCCAACAUGGGCCUUGAACUCAUGACCCUGAGAUCAAGAGUUGCAUGUUACACUGACUGAGCCAGCCAGGUGCUCCAUGAUUUGGUGAUUUUAAAACUCAUGCAGAGCACAUGCAAGGUAGUUUUAGCUGCUAAAUAAAUCAUUAAAUUGCAGUAGUCAGACAGGAACUGAACCUUUGAAUGCCUUUAUGGAAGUACUUGCUGUUAAUGGGAGAUUUGGACUUCUGUGUUUUAGAAAGGGUGGGUUUGGGAGAAAUCACCUCACUUUAUUACACUGAGAAAGCCUCAGGGGAAAAUCUGAAGUGAUAACAAGCCUCCAUUGGAGUAGGAUGACGUAGAAAUUUUAAAAGCACGGGGUGUAGAGAAAUGAUAGCGUCAAGGGGACAGUGGGCAGUUGGCUUGGAACAAAUAGUAAGUAUAGUAAAAUGGGUUUAGGGUCUUUUGCAGGCCCUUUUUGACCAGAUGCCCUCUUUCUGGCAAGCAGUAAAGACCAGCAGGUGUUUUCACAAAUUUUGCUCACUGUGCAAAUUCAUUUACGAAAACUCGACACUCCUCUAGUAUCCAUUGGAAGACUUUUUUUUUUUUUUCUUCCCCAUUACUUUCAAGGGGAAAGGCCCUAUUUGUUGCAGAAUUGGUUUUAUUUAUGCAAAGUUAGAGAGUGUCUGGGGCGGCAUGUCCUCCCUUUGCUUUAGCAAGAACCAAAGACAAGGGAGCCCUGCGCCUGCUUCAUGUUGUGAAUCUGCUUUACGGUGUUCGCUCGAAAGAGGGGGUCUCUGGGUCAACAUCCAGAUCUUACCUUGUGGAAUCAUACGCUUCAGUUCCGUGACUGAUAGUGACUGGUGGUAUGUAAACUGUAGGUGUCCCACCCACCCUUCGUUUGUGUGGGAAUGUUGACUGAUUACAAGGGAUUAGGAGAAAACAGGUUUAGAAGUAAGGGGUUAGAAGUAGGUGUCCAAGAACUUUCUAACUUCUUAAGAAUUGAAACCUGUUCUUUCGGUCUUCUGUUACAAAGCCUCAAACGGAGGGCUGACAUUUGGUAGGAGCAUCCUGUAUUGAGAAGUGGGCAGCACCGAUCAUCUGGCGUAGCCCUCCCGUCAGUGCUGGCCCGGAGUGGGUCUCGUGCCGCUGGUAGUGGACGGGACCUGACACUGUCCAGGGGAACGUAAUUAUGGUUUUGCAUGUGUGUCUCAAAGGCAGGAAACUCCUCUACUUUCUAGGUAUCUAGCAUUGGUGUUUAUGGUUGCUCUUUCAGAAUCCCUGUUUUCCAUUUCUCCACAGAAAUGCUGCAGGGGUGUUUAAAGGAAGUUUGCUUUAAGAAGCUUUGCAAUAAUUGCGGGGCUUUAACUGUCAGAUAAAGACAUAAAGGAGGGAGCAUUUAAGUGGUCUGUGGCCAGCAGCUGUAUUUAAAAAUAUUUUAUUUUUUUGAAAAGGCAAUACACAUGGUACAAAAUUCAAAAAGACACAAAAGGGGAUACAGUGAAAAGUCCCAAUCCUGUACCCAUGUACCCUGUCACCCUCCCCACAAACCACUGUUGUUUCUAAGAAUUUACCCUACAGGUAUGAUCCAUAGAUAUAAUGUGAAAUAACAUACAAGAAUAUUCAUUACAGCAUUACUUAUAAAUAGCAAGAGAUAGGAAACAAUGGAAACAUCUGUCAAUAGGGGACUGAUUACAAGUUAUGAUUUAUCCAUUCAGUGGAAUAGCACACAAUUACAAUAUAGAACGAGACAACUCUUUAUGUGAAAAUACAGAUUAAGUGAAAAAAGCAAAGCGCAGAACAGCAUGCAUAGAGUGCUCUUUGUGUUUUGAUACAAAGAAAUCCGUGUAUGUGCAUGAAGUUUUUCUGGAAGGGUGAGCAGGAAGGCGAGGGUUGAGAGGAGGCACAGCGCCAGCAGGUGUACUGAAGAGCGGUAAGAAGUUCUCUGAACCGUGGGUGUAAGGAGAGUGGCGAGGAUGAGGUCAGCAGAUACCCAGCUGUCUUCCCCCGUUCUUUAGAUAAAUAGCAGCAUAUAUUAUACUUUGUUAUAUGACCUUCUUUCCCCCCUUAGUCUGGUUUGGAUUUCUUAUCAAGGCAUUUAGAGCCACUUUUUUUUUUUUUCUUCCUCUUUUAGGCCUCCGUUUCAACUAAUAGUUUCUAAUCUUUUACUGUUACAAGUAAUGCUAUAAUAAAUAACCUCUAAUGUGUGUCGUUUCACAUUUGGUGAGAAAUAUCUGAAGGUUAAAUUCCUAGAAGAUUCAAAGAGUAAGAGCUUUUAUAAGUUUGAAAGACAUUGCCAUGUUAUCCUUUUCAGAAGUUCUGUCGGUUUCCGUCCCUGUUAGCUGUGUAUGUGAGUGCCUCUUUUCAUCAGAUGCUUGCCGACCGAAGAUGCUGACCGAAAGAAGGUCAGAAUAUUUUCACAUGUGUAAGAACUAUAUAGUUUUGUUGGCUGAAAACAUCUUAGAUAGUAGAGUGACCUAGGGCAAAUUGUUUAAACUCUUGUGUGUCUCAAUUUCCUCAGCUGUAAGUUGGGAAUAAAAAUAGUAGGAUUGUUGGAUGACUAAAUGAAAUUUGUGUCCAGCACUCAACACAGUGCCUGGCACAUAACAGGCAUUGGGAAGUUAUUAUGGGAUGGCUGACAAUCAGAGCAACCGCUAGGACAGGACAGAUUAAAUUAAGAAAAUGACAUUCGUCCCUAUGUCUUCAGGCGCAUGGAGUCUCGUUCAUUUACAUUGCCUUUCAUCAGACAAAUGCAAAGGCAGAGCUUUCCUUGUCUCAGAAGAAGAAGGAACCUUUUCCCAUUGGAUCCCAUUCCUAGGCUAUUGGCAGAGUUGGCAAGAGGGUAGGCAC